AUGAAUGUUGUUUUCAAUCCCCAAGCCAUAGCUGCGUGUCUUAACGUUCUCUUUGACGAAGAAGAAAACCAAAGCCAAGAAGCGUCAAGUUCUUCAAGACCCAAGUUUACUAGAAGGGUGAUCCGGCGAGAUCACGUGGCUGCCGCAAAGCUUUUAUACGAUCAUUACUUUGCGCCAGAACCAACCUACCCACCUGACAUGUUUCGUAGAAGGUUCCAAAUGCGAAAGGAAAUGUUUAUGCGCAUAGUGCGAGACAUAAACUCCUUUGAAAGCAUUGAACCGCUACCGAAACACUUUAAGUUCUUCCACAAAGGCGCGACAGAUGCUACUGGUCGUCCCGGUUUCUACAUUUUCCAAAAAUAUACUUCUGCCAAACGCCAGUUAGCGUAUAGCUUUAUGGUUGAUGCUUUAGAUGAGUACUUGCAGAUGGCUCAAGAUACGGGCUACCAGUGUUUAGACGCUUUCUGCAAAUGUGUCAUACACUUGUAUCGCGACGAGUACUUGAGAAGGCCAACAGAAGCAGAUAUGGAAUGGUUAACUGCUAAACAUGUUGAGCUUCAAGACAGGGCUCCUAAAGUAGAGUUUUCGGUUAAUGGGGAGCAGUUUCAAAAGGGAUAUUACUUAGCAGAUGAUAUUUAUCUAGAAUGGGCUACUCUUGUUAAGUCAUUCAAGUGCCCAAUGGACCAGAAAACCACCAAGUUCAAAAGAUACCAAGAAGCUGCAAGAAAGGAUGUCGAGCGAGCAUUUAGGGUUCUUCAAGGUCGUUGGCAGAUUAUUGAACAAUAUGUGCGACCAUACAGUACCAACAAGAUAAAACGGAUCAUGUUAUGUUGUGUGAUUCUCCACAACAUGAUCGUUGAAGAUAACGGGCGCACAAUUACAGAGUUUGAAAAAGAGUUGAUAGCUAAUACUACACUUUCAACCCAUACGUGGACUGAAAGGUAUUCAACACAGCUUCGUAUGUACGGGGAGUUGCGCGAUAAAAGGGCUCACCAUCAACUCCGCAAUGCUUUGAUCGAACAUGUUUGGAACCUCCCGGAACAUGGCCAUCAACGUUGA